AUGAGUUCUGAUACUCUCAUGCUCACAAUUUCCGGCAUUCGUGGAGUUGUCGGUGGUUCUCUUACUCCAGAAGUUGUUUCUAAAUAUGUUUCUGGAUUCGCCGGUCUCCAGCUUACGAAAGGAAAAGGAAAACAAGUAAUUCUUGGCUAUGAUACUCGUCCAGCCGUUUCCUGGAUCAAGCAAGUUACUAUUGGAGCCCUUAUGGCCUGUGGAAUUGAUGUAGUUGAUAUCGGUAUCGUUCCAACACCAACUGUCCAAUUAAUGGUACAGCAAUUCAAGGCUUGUGGUGGUAUCGUUAUCACUGCUUCGCAUAACCCUCAACAGUGGUGCGGUCUCAAGUUUGUUGAAUUCACAGGAAUCUUCCUCGACCAAUUUAACUGCGAUGAGAUGUUUUCAUGCAAAUACUCCAAGUUUGCAACUUGGGACAAGUUGGGAACACUUACAAAUUAUCCGAAUGCUAUCCAAGAUCACAUAAACAACAUUUUCGGCCAGAAAUUUAUCGAUGUCGAAAAAAUUAAGAAACAGCACUUCAAAGUUGCUGUCGAUACCAUCAAUGGAGCUGGUUCUCUUGCCAUCCCCGUCAUCCUUCGUCAGCUUGGAUGCGAAGUUACCGAAUUAAACACUGAACCAACAGGAUUAUUUGCACAUACACCAGAACCAAUACCAGAGAAUCUUACACAGCUUUGCGAUGCUGUCAAAGGACACGAUAUUGGUAUCGCUGUUGAUCCAGAUUCCGAUCGUUGCGUAUUGAUUGGAGAAGACGGAAUUCCUCUUGUCGAAGAAUAUACUCUUGCCCUUGCAGUUAACUACGCUCUUAAGUACGGUGGCGUAAAGACCCCUGUUUGCCGCAACAUUUCUACAUCUCGCGCUGUCGACGAUAUCUGUCGCCAACACGGCGUUACAUGCUACGGAACACCAAUCGGAGAAGUCAAUGUUGCCAUGAGAAUGGUCGAAGUCGGCUCUGAAAUCGGUGGAGAAGGAAAUGGUGGUGUAAUGCUUACUUCAUGCCAUAUUGGACGUGAUGCACUUGUUGCCACUGCAAUGGUACUUCAACUCUUCGCUGCAGAACGUGAACAAAAUCCAAAUAUUACAAUUUCCCAAAUUAAGGGAGCUCUUCCACAAUGGAGGAUCUCCAAGAAGAAGAUUCCAAUGAAGAAUACUACAAACGUUCCAGAACUCAUCGAGCAAUGGAAGGAAAAGAUGAUGAAACAAUACGCUAGAACUAUCGCCCUCGAUGAAAAGGAUGGACUCAGAGUUGAUAACAGAGACUGGUGGGUUCACGUCAGAAAGUCUAAUACUGAGCCAAUCGUUCGUGUGAUUGGAGAAGCUCAUACUCAGGACGAAGCUGACGAUUUGUGUAAUAAGGUAUACAACGAAUUCAUCGAGUUGAUGAAAUAA